CCCGUUCGGUUGUUUAGCAGGGCGGGCUUACACUGUCGAGGCGAACGGAAGAGAUUCCCCAAAGGUAGGAGAAAGCCAUAUAGUACUUCCCCUCCUGAGAAGAUACCCACCAGGUAGCGCCCUCACAUGGGUAUCUACGCAGAGGAAGCGCAACGACUGAGGUGACUGAGAAGUUUUUAUAAAAAACACACUUCUGUGAACCGUUGGCGAUUGUUCUCAGCUGAGAAGAAGCAGCAGCAGCAGAAGAGAUAAGCCACAGUGCAGCUGAAGGGGAAAAAAAGAACCACAACGUACAGGGACCUACCCAGUAAAGCACAUCUAUCCGUAGUUGCACCAAAAUGACGACUGCGAACCUGCACUGCUGCAAACUGCAGUCGCAGGAGCUGGCGCUGACCAACUACGGCUUCAUCAACUCGAGCUUGUACAGCAGCCUGAAGAGGAGCUCCAAGAGCAGCGAGCUAUACGCAGAAGUAGCGAACACAGUUUUGAUCCUAAAGGGGGAUGGAAAUAUUGGGAAGGACGAAAUAGCGUUGAAUACGUGUCAGAGGGAGUUCUCAAGGAUCCAGCUGAAGGAAGCUGUGCAGUUGAAUAUCCUCGAUAAGGAAAGCAAAAGAGACCUCAUCCAUUUCAUCCCAAUUGAUAGCAUCGAUGUGGAGCUUACCCUUUUUGUGAAACCCGAUCGGUUGAUCGAAAUGGAGGACGAUAUUUUGGAGGGGGUUUUCAAAAAGCAGUUCAUCAACCAUGUACUGACGAAGGGGCAGAUACUAGCCCUAAAAUGUGGUGACAUUUUGAUAAAGUGCGUUAUAAAAGAUUUGAAGGCGGCCCAGUUUGACGAAAUGAAGAGGCUAAACAAGGGAAAUGUUAGCGGGCUUGGCAGUAUGGGCAUCCAGAGCAGCGCGAGUUCGUUCUUCAAAUUGGGGAAUAACUCCCCGGUGAGUAGUACCCCUAUGGGUAGACAAAUGGGGGCACACGAGAGGGGCAUUCUGUUCGAAAACACCGAGUGUAUAUUCACCAGCAUUAGUGAUGGGAAGCUAUUUAUUGAAUCUAGGAAGGUGCUAAAAAAGAACAUCAUCAAGAGUAAUUUCAAUUUUGAGGAACUAGGGAUAGGAGCACUUGACGAAGAAUUUAAGACCAUUUUUAGACGCACCUUUGCCAGCAGAAUUUACCCCAACUAUAUAAUUAAGCAGCUGGGGAUUAAGCAUGUGAAGGGACUCAUUUUGUAUGGGCCCCCGGGUACAGGAAAAACAUUAAUAGCUAGACAGAUAGGAAAAACGUUGAAUGCAAGAGAACCCAAAAUUAUUAAUGGCCCAGAAAUAUUAAAUAAAUAUGUAGGGCAGUCCGAGGAAAACAUUAGGAAUUUAUUUAAAGAUGCAGAGCAGGAGUACAAGCAGAGUGGAGAGAACUCACAACUACACAUCAUCAUUUUAGACGAAAUCGAUGCUAUAUGUCGACAGAGAGGUAGUGCUGCUUCAAGUGGGACGGGUGUAAAUGACAGCAUUGUGAAUCAGCUGCUGUCCAAAAUUGACGGUGUUAACAGCUUGAAUAAUAUACUACUGAUCGGGAUGACCAACCGAAUUGACCUAAUCGAUGACGCUCUGUUGAGACCCGGGAGAUUCGAACUGCACAUCGAGAUUUCUCUCCCCAAUAAGGAGGGGAGGAUCCAAAUUCUGAACAUUCACACGAAGAGCAUGCGAAAGAGUAAUAAGCUAAGUGCAGAUGUAAACAUCGUAGAGUUGGCCGAAAAAACCCCAAACUUUUCUGGGGCUGAAAUUGAAGGGCUAGUGAGAAACACCGUGUCGUACGCUUUCGAGAGGCACAUCAAUUUUAACGAUUUAACCAAACCGAUCAACGCGGAUGAUAUUAUGAUAACGCAGAAAGAUUUUGAUAAGGCCCUGAAGGAGACCAAGCCAGCGUUUGGAGCGGAAGAAGACGUCAUCGACGGGUUGCUCUCCAAUGGGAUCAUCAAUUAUGGGGAGCAAUACCAAAAUAUUGAAAACACAUGCAAAUUGCUAAUUAAACAAAUUGUAGAAAAUUCAAACACAAAUUUGUUGAGUGUUCUUCUCUAUGGAGAAAACGGCACAGGGAAAACCACCAUUGCCGCUUACCUUGCCAAGAGCGCUAGUUUUCAUUUCACAAAAUUUAUCACCCCGGAAAAUCUAAUUGGGUACUCUGAAAUUAGUAGGAUAAAUUACAUAAAUAAGAUUUUCGAAGACGCGUAUAAAACUCCCCUUUCGCUAGUCAUUUUGGAUAACAUAGAGAGGCUCAUCGAUUACACACGCAUUGGGCCUCGAUUUAGCAACCCAGUCCUGCAAGCAAUCAUGGUUUUAAUAAAAAAGAAACCCAAAAGGGAGAAUCAGAAAAUUUUAAUCAUAUGCACCACGUCGGAGUAUCAAUUUAUGAAGGAUGUCGGGUUGAUUAAAAACUUUUUUGUGAAUAUAGAAGUGCCCUUGUUACAUUGUUCCUCCUCAAUUAGGAACGUUUUGCAGAACCGGAAUGAAAGUUGUCGCGACUUCCCCGAACGAGAGAUAGAGCAAGUGCUCGCGGCAAACGUGAUCAAAAGUAUCGCCAUUAAGAACUUGCUCAUGGUCAUCGAUAUGGCGUCGGAGGCGUCCGUCGACGGCAGCAUCACGAGCGAGGUCUUCCUGAAGACGUUUAACGACUGCGGGAUUGGUUUCGACGAGGAGGCGUUCUAUUGAGGGGGCUGUGCGGAGCGCAGGCCGGCACGUUGUUGAGUGGGGACUCUCUGCUUUGCGUUUCCCCCCUCCGUUGCGUUAUAACUUGUAUGGAGUUUUUUUCCCCUUCAAUUUGACCGCCCUGCUUCCCCAUUGGGGCGAUUUCUCUCUGCCAAUUUUGCGCAUGGGGGAAACGCCUACACAUCGCGCGUAUUUGUUAGUCGUCUUCUUUUUUUUUCUCAUAAAAAUUGGACACAUUUUAAUUAACGAAAAGGGGUCAGUAUCACGGAGGUG